AAAAUCCCAAGAAGCACGUUAAUAUCUGGCGUUGUCAGGAUUGUUCAACGACUUUUGAUUAAAGUACCAAACUUUGUGAAAGAGCUUGUUGUGUGCGCAUUGGAGACAAAAGAACCGCUCUCACCGUUACUCAACGGAGGACUAAAACCUGUGUUGCAUGGAUGCAUCGAAUGGAAGGGUAAAAACAUUAUCUGUUGCCGGAUGACCCACUUUUGAAAAGUUUCCAGCGGACAAAAUGAGCUUCUUUUUAGGUUGCCGCUUGUAUCCAUGUCUUGCGUUGUCACUGCUCAUACUGAGGGAUGUCAACUCAACCUUCAUCAGAAAAAACCAGGGACUGACUGUGAUGAAAGGGCAGAGUGCGUUCCUGUCAGAGGAAGACCUGCAGUUUUCCAUUCCAAAGGAGAAAGAUUCCUGCAAAGUGGAAGUAAUUGCCAAUGAGCCAAUAACACAGAGGGUUGGGAUAUUAUCCCCUCAGGUAUUUGACUGUCAUUUUCUGCCUAAUGAAGUCCAGUACACUCAUAAUGGAUGCCCAAUUUUAGAUGAAGAUGAAGUCAUGCUAAGACUCUACAGGUUUACAGAAAAUGAGACAUUCACAGAAACAUUUGUACUAAGAGUAAAGUUGGUGGAACCCGACUGCAACAUCAUAAAACUUGGCCCCAAGCAGCUGGAAGUUCGGGAAUUUUAUGGCCUCUCCAAUAUAAUUGAUAAGAACAUACUGAGCUUUGAUUAUAGCAAGAGGGUCAACCUUGAAUGUACUGUAAGAGUGUCAUCUUCAGAAUCCAAACUUCCGACCCACGGUCAGCUUGUUACUGGAGACGCAGCGAAAGAACAACCACGUGGGGAUCAACCUGAAAGUUUUUUCCAUGGAUCCAAUCAAAAGCCAAGCCCUCUCUGCAAGCGGGGCGACUGCAUACCAGGGCUUAAGAAGGUUGGGAUUGUUCUAAAGACUAGCUGUGAGGAAUUCCUUUUAAUGGGAAUCAGAUACCAGCACCUGGACCCUCCUUCACCUAACAUAGAUUAUAUCAGCAUCCAACUGGACCUUACCGACACCCGGAGUAAAUCUUUGUAUAAGUCGGAAUAUGCAUGGAUUCCAGUCCACAUUCGAGAUGCUGUUCCCAAUCAGAUCCCCAAAGCCGCCUUUAUGUCAAUGUUCAUAUUAGAAGUGGAUCAGUUCAUUCUGACUCCAAUGACAACAGCAGCUGUGGAUGCUGAGGACAGCGAAACCCCCAAGCCUCUGCUGGUUUUUAACAUCACAGAACCACCGGCUCAAGGCUUCUUUACACAUUUGUCUGAUCACACCAAGCGUAUCACUUCUUUCACAUGGAAAGAUCUCAAUGACAUGUUAAUAGCGUAUCAGCCCCCGAACAGCAGCCACACAGAGCGAAGAAAUUUGGAGGCGGAGUUUGAAGUUCAUGAUUUCUUUUUCGAAAGGAGUUCCCCCAUUACACUCCAUAUAUCAAUCAGAACUGCUGACACAAAUGCCCCUAGGGUAUCCUGGAAUAUGGGUCUUGAUCUUUUAGAAGGCCAGUCUCGACCAAUCACAUGGGAACAACUUCAGAUUGUUGACAAUGACAACAUUGGUGCAGUCCGCUUGGUGAUCGUCGAUGGUUUGCAGCAUGGACGUAUAACUCUAAGGGGAGGGAAAGGAUUCAUAUUCACCAUUAAAGAUAUACAGGCUGGAGUCGUCUGUUAUCAUCACGAUGACAGUGAUACCACUAAGGAUUUUGUAGUCUUUAGGAUAUUUGACGGGCACCACAGCAUCCGCCACAAGUUCCCAAUUAACAUCCUUCCUAAAGAUGAUAGCCCUCCAUUCCUAAUUACCAACAUUGUCAUUGAGCUGUUUGAGGGCCAAACUGUACUUAUCCAAGGUUCAAUGCUCCGUGCUUCCGAUAUGGACUCCAGUGAUGAUUAUAUACGAUUUAACAUUACCAAGCCAUCCCUGGCUGGGGAGAUAGUGAAAAAACCAGGACAAAACCUCAUAGCAUAUCCUGUCGCAAGCUUCCUACAACGAGACCUAUACAACGGCAUUAUUUAUUACCGCCACCUUGGAGGCGAAGUGUUUGAAGAUUCCUUUGAGUUUGUUCUCUCUGACAGUCAUGAUCCUCCAAAUCUAUCUGGGCCUCAGACUGUAAUUAUACAUAUCAACCCUGUGGAUGACCAACUUCCCAAGGAAGCUCCUGGAACUGUGAGACAUCUGAUCGUUAAGGAAACUGAGAUUGCUUUUAUCACAAAGAAACAUCUGCAUUUCAUAGACACAGAGUCCCCAGAAAGAGAAUUAAUCUAUACCGUCACGACGCCACCCUGUCACGUAUCUUUAAACAGCAACCUAGACUCUGGGAAAAUAGUUUUAGCGGAGAAUCUUCAUAAAGAAGAGAAGGAUCACACAGCAAUAAUGGCAACAACAUUCUCUCAACAUGCUGUGAGCCACAUGAAGGUUGCUUAUAUGCCUCCAAUGGAAGACAUAGGCCCGAACCCUCAACAUAUCCAAUUUGUUUUGUCUGUCAGUAACCAGCAUGGGGGUACCUUACACGGCAUCUGUUUUAAUAUCACUAUACUUCCUGAGGAUAAUAGUCCUCCACAGGUAUUUACCAAUGACUUGAUAGUUGAAGAAGGCAGUAGUAGUCCAAUUACACCAGACAGUAUCCAAAUCAGUGAUAAAGACACACAACAGGAUAAACUCCACGUCGUUCUGCACAAGGCUCCUUUGCAUGGUGUUGUGAAGCUGGAUGGAUCUUCCAUGGAUGUAGAAGAUCGAUUUACCUGUCAGGACCUCAGCACAUUAAAAGUUAGGUACCAGCAUGAUGGCUCAGAGACUCUUCUGGAUCAGAUUAUAUUUAUAGCUACAGAUGGCGUCAGUUCUACUCAGUUUAUCCUAAAUGUCCAGGUUUCCCCAGUCAACGAUGAACCACCAGUUAUCAAUGCAAACCUCCUGCCUGCCAUAUUUUGUUCAGAAGGAGACAAAGUGAUCAUUUCGGCUGAAUAUAUCUAUGCUACAGAUGCAGAUAGUGAUGACUUGAAGCUGGUAUUUAUGAUUGCUCGUCAGCCCCAUUAUGGCAUUGUUCAAAAAGAUGGAAUUGUUGUAGACCGUUUCUCGCAGAGUGAUGUCCUUGCAGGAACAGUGAUCUACAAACAUACCAGUGGUGAAGUUGGACUGAGCCCUUGCUUUGACAUUAUAACCCUUAUUAUCUCCGAUGCUGAGGCUGAUACAGAGGUGAAACCCUGCUGUUAUAAUGGGCCUCAUCUUCCCCUGUUACCAAAUCAUGACUCCUUUCCUGUUUAUGAUCUAAAUAUCACUGUUUUUCCAGUGGAUAACCAGCCACCAUCUAUUUUAAUAGGUGAAAUAUUUGUAGUGGACGAGGGAGGAUCGGCUGCCAUCACACCAAAUCACCUUAAUGCAACAGACCCCGACACCAGCAUUGCUACCUUACAGUUCAUAUUGGCGUCUCCUCCCAGAUAUGGUUACAUUGAAAACAUUCUCCCUACUCCAGGAUUUGAGAAAAGCAAUAUGGGCAUAAGCAUCGACUCAUUUCUUCUCAAGGACAUAAUGUCAUUAAAGAUUAACUAUGUGCAGUCUAGACAUGAAAGGAUUGAACCAACCACUGACCAGUUUACGCUGUAUGUCACUGAUGGAAAACAUCGAUCCGUAGAGAAACCAUUUUAUGUCAUAAUCAAGCCAACAAAUGAUGAAGUGCCAGAAUUUAUGGCCAGAAACAUUACAGUUGUAGAAGGCCAGACGAGACAGCUUGAUCCCUCUGUGAUAAAUGUGUCUGACAUGGACAUGCCACAGAAUCAUUUAGUAUUUACUAUUACAGAGCAUCCCCAUCAUGGAUUAAUCAUGGAAGAAGUAAAUGCCAAGGACCACAUGAACGUCAGUGAGAUAAUUAAUAGUCAUCAGAAUCACCACCUGCCUACAAUACAAGAUUUUUCAAUGGAUCUUCUAAAAAAUGGUAUGAAGUUGAUAUAUAUGCAUGACGACUCUGAAAACCUCGCUGAUAGGUUUACAAUCCAGUUAUCUGAUGGAAAACAUAAGGUCAAAAGAACCAUAUUUGUGAACAUUAUUGCUGUUAAUGAUGAACAACCAGUGAUGGCCAGGCAGUGUGAUGUUGUGUUAAGCAUGGGGGAACACUACAUUAUUUCUAGUGCUGUGCUGUCAGCUGAAGACAAGGAUACUCCGAGAAGCCAUAUUUAUUAUAUAAUUGACAGGAAUCCUGAACAAGGACAGCUUCAGAUGAAGAUACAUCAGGACUGGGUGGACAUACAGACCGGAAUGAAAUGCACGCAGGAGGAUAUUGAUAUGAACCUGGUUAGAUAUGUUCACACAGGAUCUAUUGGUUCUAACACGCAAGACAGUUUUACUUUCCACCUGUGGGAUGGGAAUAACCGGUCACCAGAGAUGCACUUUAAUAUUAUGUUUAAAGAUAUGGAAAAGGGAGAUAUUGCCGUUUUUGUGAAAACCCUUAAUGUUUCAAAAGGAGAUCGAGCCAUCUUAAGUACCAAUGUCCUACUGGCCACAGAUGGCACUGAUAAACCUGAGGAGCUGCUGUAUGUUCUCUCUUCUCCACCUCAGUAUGGACAGCUUGAAUAUGUCAACCACCCUGGAAUUCCAACAACAAGCUUCAGUCAGAUGGAUGUAACCGCACAGACAGUCUGCUAUGUCCACAACAGCAAGGCUGCAGCAGCUGCUGAUAGCUUCAAAUUCCUUGUCAGCAAUGGGCUGCGAACAAAGCACGGGACCAUGAACAUUGCGCUGGAGGCAGUAGACAGAGCUCUUCCAACACUGUCUAGAAACCUGGGCCUAAGGCUAAUCAAAGGAUCCCUGGCACCAAUCACUCCCAGCACUCUCCAAGCCAGAGACCCAGAUACACCAACACAGAAUAUUACAUAUCUACUGGUGGGACUUCCUCAGUAUGGUCAACUCUAUCUACAGGACAUGCCUCUGAACCAGAAUCACUUCACCCAAAAAGACAUUGACCGAAUGGAUAUUGCUUACAGACACGGAGGACAAGAUGCUCAAAUCGACAGGUUUACCUUUGUUCUUACAGAUAAAACAAAUCAAGGCUUUAUCAUUGAUGGGAAGGUGCAGUCUGAACCAGUGUCCUUUGUGAUACAGGUGGACCUACUGGAUGUCACACCUCCCAGAAUUCUCCAUCUUCACUGCUCUACCAAGGUAGAACACCUUAGGAAUAGUCAAUAUGGAAUUUAUAUAACCUCACGGGACCUGAAGACAUCUGAUGCAGGCACCACGGAUGAUAAGAUUACUUUUAAAAUUCUGAGUGGCCCUCACUAUAGCUACUUGGAAAACACUACCACAGGCGGUUUCAUCCGAGAACGAUUUACUCAAAAGGAUUUGAACAGUAAAUCAAUAUUAUAUAUAAUAAAUCCAUCGCUGGAUGUUUACCACGACACUGUGGAGUUUGAAGUUUCAGAUCCCGUUGGAAAUCGGGCUGCUCCUCAGACCUUAGAAUUGAAAUGGUCUUUAAUUGAACUGCUCCAGGCCACAUAUGAGGUGUGUGAAACAGAGGCAAUGGUUUCUCUGAAAAUCACAAGAAGAGGUUACCCUGUGGACUCUGCUUUCAUUUCACUCAAGGUGAAUGAAAUAAGUGCUAUGGAUGGGAAAGAUUUUUCAACAAGUUCAUCCAGGCUUUUACAGUUUGACCCAGGAGUGUCAACCAAGAUUUGGAAUAUAGCAAUUACCCAGGAUGGAUUAGAAGAAGACGAUGAGAUCUUUGAAGUGGUUCUGAACUCUCCCAUGAAUGCUGUUCUUGGCACCAACACAAAAGCUGUAGUGAAAAUUGUGGACCCCAGAGGAGGUACCUGCAAGCUACUUGGCAUGUCCAGUUCACAAAGAGAAGAGAUUAGUAAAACAGGAGCCACAAACUGUACUGUGCUACCAUUACGCAAACCCUGCAGGACAGGUUUAGAAGAACCUGCAUUAGCAUCGAUAAAGGAAACAAGGGAAGACAUUUCGGAAUAUUCUAUCUCAUCACAGCGUCCAAUCAGAAGGCUCAGGCUCCAUGGAAACAGAAAAAUAGUAAAACCUUCAUCUGUCUUCAGGAAUGGAACUGAUACGGUUUAUCAAUACCAUGGGAUUAUGUCGCUCAGAGUUGAAGAAGACAACCCGUCACUCAGUAUAUCCAAAACUGCCAAAAUAUUGGUGACCAACCAUGGGCAAACAAAAGCAAUUCCAGAUAAAAAUAAAGAGAUCUUGCAGUCAGACAGAGCCAUGGGGACAUACGAUGAUCCAGCUGAUAGUAAGAGACAAAGGAUUCAGUUUCCUAAGAAGUGUUCCUCGAAUUUAAAAGGAUUAUUGCAUUUUGAUGAGAAGGCUCAGCAGCUAUUCCAAUGUGAUGGGGUGUCAUGGAAUGCCUGGUCCACCACAGUUAAGGCAACAAAAUGCCCAUUUGGCUGGACUCCACACGAUAGCAGCUGUUAUAUACUCAUCACUGAGCAGAAGGCCACGUGGGUUACAGCAGCAAGAGCCUGUCGAGAACAGCACCAUGCAACUCUUGUAGAGAUAUUCAGUAAAAAGCAAAUGGAUUGGCUAUGGAAUUUCAGUGGCAGAACUUCUUUUUGGACAGGCCUUAAUGACAGAAUACUUCCUGGUAGAUGGGAGUGGAACAGUGGUGAGAAAGUCAUCUUCACCAACUGGAAAAGAGGUCCUCCUCGUUUGUCAAAAAAAGGGAAGAAUUGUGCUUUGGUGCAAAAGAGAGGGAAAUGGCAGGCAAAAGACUGUAUGAAGGGCAAGGGUCAUAAUUAUAUAUGUGCAAAAAAGUUGUAAUAUAGUAUUUCCAUGUUAUG